UGGAAAAACUUUUUGAAAAACUAGCUUUGCUUCAUAAAAAUGCAUAUCUAUUCAACUUUGGUUAUUUGAUCAUGUGUGUACAAUUGCACAUCUUUGGUUGGAAGUUGGAAGGAGAUCUGUUUUUGUCAUUUUUCUUGAUUUCCAGUUUAUACAUUGCUGAAGAUGUUAUUUGAAAAAUGGUUUUUUUGUUUCAUUAUUGUGGCCAAUAUAUUACUGUAUUUUAGUAGCUUGCAGACCCAUCACUAUAGUAUCUUUGAUCAAUAUAAUAAUCUCAACCUCUUAAGCGCUGGGGUGGGACUUGAACAUUGGAUGUGGAGAAGCUUGGGGUGGCUUCCUUGCCACUGUGCCCACUUGCUUCCACAUUGUGGCUAGUAAUCCUAGCAUUAAUAACCUGAGGUAGUAGUACUAAAUACUAAUGAUAAUAAUCGUUUGUACGUAUAGACUUUUCGGGUGCUACGAUCCUAAGUCUAGAGGGAAAAAACCAAGAUCGUACGUAAGGUCCCUAAGUAAUCAUUUGUAUGAAAGCUAUUUUUGGAAAUUUUAUAUCUUUAUUAUGGUCCAUGUGCUCUAAUUUUUUUAGAGGUAGAUGGUUGCAAAUUGAACUACAUAGCAGGAAUGCGUCUCUCGGAGCUUCCAUUUGGGCAAAUAAAGAUUCAUCUACUCCAACCAAAUAAAAAAGGGCAGCCAGUGCACAAAGCAUUCCCGCCCUGCGUGACUCCGAGAAAGAAGUACAAAGAAGCUUGAGCUGCUGAACAGGUACACUCAUGAGAGUUCAAUGGCUGCAAAUGACUGUUGCAGGUUGGGGCAAAACCAUGCUUCACCUUUACACUUUUUGGUAACUCAGAGCCGUCUCUAGGCCUAGGCAAAUUAGGCAUGUUCAUGGGGCUCCCGAUAUUUUAUGGUCCAAUUUUUUUUUUGUAAAAACAUGUGUUAAGUUCAAUUUUAAAAGUUCAUAAUGACUUUUUAGAUAUAUUGCAAAGUGGAUGAAUCUAGACAUAGAGUAUGUCUAUAUUCAUUUAUGUUUUAAAGUACUCCGUAUAUAAAAAGUGUUAGUAUUUACGGAGUAGUUAAUAUGGAAUGGAGGGAUUACUCUAUAUUUAUAUAUGUAAGACAAAGUUUUUAAAACAAAACCUAAAUCCCUAAACUUCACACUUGAGAGGCAUCAACGCCCGCAGCCAGACUCCCCACAGAACGAGACGAACUUGCCUCCGUCGCUGCCGUGAGCCGCUUCGCCGUACACCAUCAGAGCUCCGGCAGUACGCCUCCAGCCUCCUCCGUGUGCGCCGUUCCCGGUCUCCGUCUCCUAGACUACAACUCGCGACUGUCACUUUGCCAGUGGAUGGCUGACAAAUCCAAAACCCCCCAAAACUACAAACCCUAGCAUCAAAAUUUUCCAGAAGACUCAGUUUUGUAUGCAACAAAUUGCCGAUUGAUCCCAAGUGGGGUUUGAAUAUGAGCCAUAGCUGGGGAAAGCUUCCACGCUGCUCUAUCAGCAGUAUCUCCCGUAAGCAAUCUUUCAUUUCUUCUCCAUUCUCAACUUCCGCCGGCGGCAGCGGUGGAGGAUGGGGCCGGGGUCGUGGAGGUGGUGGAUUUAGCUCUGGUAAUUCCCCCGUCUUCGGAUUUUCUCCUAACCAAAGUGAACCUGGCGAUGCCAAGGACGAAGAUUCGGCUUCCACACGGCAACUAAGUGGAUUCGGGCAUGGCCGUGGAAGCGGAAAGCCCUUAUUUUCAUUUGUGGGUGAUUACAACGGCCCUGUUGGCCGUGGCCAAGGAAUUUCUGGCCCCACUUCUGCACUACCACCACCACAACCAUCCCAGCAGGUUCCGUUUCAACAUAGGGAGUCCAAUAAGCCUAUGUUCUCUGAAAAAGAAGGCUUUCUCGACUCUCAGCCUAAAGUGUCUGUUGAUUCCAACGAUGCUCCCAGACUCCCUGCAAAUAUCCUCUCUGUGCUAUCUGGUGUGGGUCGUGGAACGACCAAACAGACACCUCCUGUUCGUGAGAAACCUAAGGAAGAAAACAGGCAUUUAAGGGCGAGACAAACUCCUCAAUCCGGUGGAAACGAAGCCAGCAGGCGUCCUGGACAGGGGUUCAGCAGGGAUGAUCCAAAUAAUAGGUCCGUUUCGAGUGGUGGUGGUGAUGGGAGUGGAAGAGGAGGAGUAGCUUCAUGGAGGGGACGUGGUGGGUUCAGAGAUAGAGGAAGAGGAGGAAGAAGAGGAGGAAGAGGAGGAAGAGGGAGGGGAGAAGGUACUCUACCGGAAGUGGUCCAUGAGAAAUUUGGUGGUGUAUUUGACAUUGGUGAUGAUGCUGCUACAGAGAAAUUGGUUCAACAGUUUGGUCCUGAUCUCGCCAGUCAAUUAGCUGAAGGCGUUGAAGAAUUUGCUCAUAGGGUCUUUCCCUCUCCUGCUGAGGAUGCUUACCUAGACGCCCUCGAUACAAAUUUAAAGAUUGAAUGUGAAGAGGAGUACAUGAUGGGAGACUUUGACAGGAAUCCAGAUAUUGACGAGAAGCCUCCAAUCUCUCUGCGUGAUGCUCUUGAGAAGAUGAAGCCAUUCCUCAUGGCGUACGAAGGAAUUGAAAGCCAAAAAGAGUGGGAGGAAAUAAUGAAAGAUACAAUGGAGGUCAAGCUCCCGCUUCUUAAAGAGAUAGUUGACCACUACAGUGGCCCUGACAGAGUAACUGCAAAGCAGCAGCACCAGGAGCUAAAAAGAGUUGCAGCAACUCUUCCACAGAGUAUUCCUAAUUCUGUGAAGCAGUUCACAGACCGUGCUGUUCAGUCACUGCAGAGCAACCCUGGGUGGGGGUUCCACAAUAAAUGUCAGUUCAUGGAUAAGCUUGCAUACGAGGUUACUCGGCAAUACAAGUGAAAUGAAAUGUGAGAACCAUACAAAUUACGAAUAAUAUUUCUCAUGAAAAGAUCACUUGAGGCAAAAUUUGCUUAGGUCGAAGAUUUUAGGCUUUUUAUUUAUUUUUGUUUUGAAAAUGAGGCAGCAUUAGAAGGGUAGCAGUGAACCAAGUUCACGAAGUUCUUGGCACGGUCCAUAAUGAUGUGGCCAUGGUCAUGGAAUUGCAAUAUACUACACAGGUUUUGUGCUUGAUUCAUUGCCUCUCUUUUUUGUUGCCAUAUUUGCAUGACUCAUUUUUGUUGGCCUUUUUAAAGGGGCAUUAAUAUGAUGCAAUAUUUCACCUUGACACACUUCAUCGUGCGUACGUUCUCAGACACCAAUAAAUUUUCAAGCUUUUUUGCCCUUUAUCUCGGACCAUACUUUUUGUGGAAUUUUACUGGAUCUAUUGUUGCUCUUUUACCCUUCAAACAAAUGUAUUGGCACACUUGUAAAUGCUUGUUUGUUAUGUUUCUCUUUGAAGCAAUGUUUGUCAUUAGCAUUACAAUAAUUUUUUAAUCCUGUA